AUGACCAUCCGCGACGGGAAGGCGGUUCUGGCACCGACGAACCCCAAGGACGAGUACCAGCACUGGAUCAAGGACAUGCGGUGGAGCACGAGCGUCAAGGACCACGAGUGGUAUCCGGCGUUCGCGCUGGUGAACAAGGCGACGGGGAGGCCAUCAAGCACUCGCUCGGGCCGACAGUUGCACCCGGUGCAGCUGGUGCCCUACAACCCGGACUUCCUGGACGAGUCGAUGAUCCGGAUGGAGAGCCGUAACGUCAGCAACGGCUUCCGCUGCGUCCACAUGGUCAACAGCAUGUACCUCAACUUCGACGCCCUCCACGGCGUUUACGACGACACCAACAUCGUGCUCUGGAAGUGGUGCGAGGGCGACAACCAGCGUUGGAACUUGGAAGAUCCAGCCCUACUACUGAACUCGACAUCCAUCCGAUCCAUCGAGAGAAUUCAGAUCGGAAGGCGCAAGGAGUCGGACGGCAAAAGAAUGUAG